AUGCGUGUGAGAUGGACCAUAUUUCUGCUGAUUGCAACAAUGUCGGCAUUCGGAGUGUCGUUGACAAUUUUUCUCACUGAAGACAAGAUGAUUUUGGCACUCAUUUCGGGUUAGUUUUUAGUUUAUUUAGCACCCGGAUGAGGGUUAUUAUUAUUUUUAUUUAUAUUUGAAGGAGAAUAUGAUGGAAAUGCUAAUAAGGAGUUGUUGAGGGUUCAUGAAUAUUUUAAUUAAACGUUCCAGAUACUUUGGGUUGGGGUGUGUGUGGUCUUUUUGAAAAAGAGUUCAAAAAUUUUUAUAGGAGGAGUAGUGCAGAUGCAAAAAAAAAAAGUUCCAAAAAUUAGAAAAAAAAGAAAAUUCUGAAAAAAACUCUAGUUAAACUUUGAUUGCAAUUAUGAUAUUUCCGAUUUUUAAAAGUUGUGAGAUUUGAAAACUCCAAAAGCUUUCAGUUUUGUUGAUUGAAGAUGGAUGUUUAGAUUAGGAAUAUAUUUUUUACAUUUCAUACCGGGUGAUCCAAAAACUUCCAAUCAGGCUAAGCCUAUGAAGAUAACAUAAAUUCCGAUUCACACACGGUCAGAUUGACUUUCAGCAGGACCACCCACAAAGCCUCUGACCUUAACUGGUUUGAACUCAAAGAAAUCAUAAAAUAGAAAUCGAAUAUUGAAAAAAAGUCUGAACCUGAAGUUUUUUUUCCAGUUGUCGCUGUCAUCCUCACUGUAAUGGCAACCGUUCUCGUCACCUGUUUCUUCAUUGAAAUCAAAGAAACUGAAAAUCUUCAAAUUCAACAACGCCAAUGUGAACUUGCAAUGCGUCGGAAUUAUGAGUGUGGUCUUUUCGCAACAUCUCGUUUGCAUAUCUCAAGUAAGUCAUCAUUUUAGGAAUCUCCGGGGAAAUAUUUAUUUAUUUAUUUAUAUUCAUCCAUUAUUGUUUUUGCUUAACUUCAGUUGACCCCUCUCGAUUUCUCAUUAGAGUACCAAUCUGUCUACUAUUACUUUCCUUCCUUCUGUCUGUUUAUCUGUCACCAUAUGGAACAACAACACAACUUUUUUUCAAGACUUUUGGAGAAAGCAUAAAAAUUAGCAGCUCUAUUCAAUCCGAACAUUUUUCUCUGUGUGUUUUUUCUUCAUUUCAAUCUCACAUUCAGAUAAAGAAAAAAGGAGGGGGGAUUUCCAACAUAAGUCAGUCAACUCAAACAUCUGUCAAUUUUUGUUUGGGGCGGCGGCACUUUUUUUUUGUUCUCGAUGACACGGUUUCAAACAUGCAUAUGGAUGUAUUUUUUGUGUUUUUGGGAAUAAAUAAGGAAUUGAAUUGAAUUGAGAGGAUGAAAAUGAGGAAAAAAGGAAAGAAUUUGAAUUUUAAUCUAAAUUUUUUGCGGGCUUGACUGAAAGAUUAAUGUGUUUGGAAUCGGUAAUGAUUACAUUACAUUGUAUUACAUUAUAUUUAAAACGGCAUAGGAUAGAAUAGAAUAUUGUGCAUUUUUUUCUUGAGGGGGAAGGAAUGAAAUAUUGCAUUUAUAUUUAAAUUUCAUGAGAUGGAUUAAUUUCCUUUUUCUUCUUCUUAUGAAAUUCCAUAAAUUUUGUUCGAAUUUAUGCGAAUCCACAGUAAUCCUUUGUUCGGCGUGAUUUUUUUCUGGGGGAGUAAUAUUGAAAAAAAAUUUUCUCGAGAUAUGAAAAUGUGGUGAAAACUACAAAAAAUUGUUAGAGAUAAGCCUCAAGAAAAAUUAUUGGAUACUGUAUAAAAAUGUGGUUAAAAAUACAAAGAAGCUUGGUAUAAUGAAUAAAAUACUGGAUACUGUAGUGUUCUUUUGAUCGAGCGGAUUUUCUAAUCUACUUUCUGAAUCUCUCGGUUCACACACUAUUCCAUUUGAUAGGCCAAAUGUUAAAUAAAUUCGAACCCGACAUUAAAAAAAUUCCAAUCCACAGUAAUCAUUCUGUGUGCUGACGUGAUUUUUAUCUUGGAGCUACAAAUUGUUUUUUCAAUGACUAAUAUCAACCCUGUAAACAAGUUUUUCUCGAGAUUCUAAAAUGUAGUAGAAACUACAACAGCUUAUGUGGAAUACUGUACCCGAAAAAUGUUCCAAAUAAGCUGGCUUAUCCGAAAAAACACACAAGGAUACUGUAACAAUUUUACCUCCAUAUUGAAAAGUGUAACAUAAGGAGAGUCAGUCAGAUCAUUCUAAUCCCGUCCUCCUCAAUUAGCCUAUCAUAUUACUCUAGACACAUGGGCGACACAGUCAUUAAAAAAUGGUGGCAACAUUUUGCCUCUUUUUCUGGGCAAGCAUCUGUUUUUCAAACAUGUAUGUGAUGAUGAUUUUUAUGACGCGCCUCGCUCCUCUCGACCUUGACAAAACCCGAAAAUCACAUCUGCCUUUUAGCCCAUAACAUAGUUUGACACACACCAAACUAUUUUGUUGAACCAAAAUUCAUUAGACAUUAGAGCACCCCAAGUAAUUGGCCAAUGAAAAACAAUAGAAAAUGUGACACCCGGUGCACACAAUUAUAUCUACAUAUAGAUGGAUAGAUAGAGAGUAAAGUGGAUUAAUUAGCAUUUUUGGGAGGAUGGAGAAGAAGAGGGUGUGAGAAUUGGAGCAAAAUGAAUAAUUACUCAUUUUUCAGGUGUUGGUGCUCAAUCAUCAUCGACCCUUCCACCAAUGGUUAUGUUGCCAACUGUUGCUGGGAAUAUGGUGGAUGAAUUUCCAAUUAUGAUCAGGGCUCCACCGAGUUAUGAGGAGAGUGCGGAUUUGGAAAAUACCCGAGUUCAAAGGUACGAUUCAACUCAAAAGUGAUAUAGAGUAAAAUAUUUUUUUUGAUCUACUCAGAAAAAGUUUUGAUCCUGGAAACUAUUUUCCCAAAAAAAACCAGGCGUUAUCUUUGUCACCUCUAUUUUUCACACAUUUUUCCUUUCACCCUCUAUAUAUCACAAAUCCACACAGACAUACAUAUAAAACAUGUGUUAACCAUCUGCAAACAGCUAAUCCAUCCACAAAUACGACCCGACCCUUCCCGUCAUAAACAUGUACAAUUUAAAACCUAAUCAAUCUUCUUUUCUUCGAUACAUUCAUUCUUUACAGUUAUUCAAAUGCGCCACCAGCAUAUGCGGAUUCGACCAACACAAAUAUCGCUAGUUUCUCUCCACCACCAUUUUAUCGACCGGCUCUUCCUGAAGUUCAAACUGCAACAUUGUAUUUGUCAUCUGAAUCAACGAGUUCUUUGGAUAGUUCGAUGGAAGAGAGAAGUGUGAAUGAUCAAAGUGUCACUAGAGUUUUGUCGCCUUUGCCUAGAAGGAUGCUUGCUAGAAUUCCUGUACAUCGAGAGCCUAGAAAUGGGAGUAAACCAAGACGGAAGAGAGCAGCAACAACAAUCACAAUUACACCCGCAGAAGUCAGAGUCUCAUCGGUUAUUCCAAGAAUCGAAAAUGGUUUAUCCAGCAGUCCUAGCACAAGUUCGAGUUCAAGUACAACAUCUGAAACAGUGAUGGAUGAGACAAGAAGUCCAACAUCAUCGACAUCUUCGAUUGAACGGUUGGUUCUUCAGCCACAAAUCUUUAAAAAAAAUCAAUAUUUCCAGUCCAUCCCUCGCACAAAUGUUCAUCGACUGUUCAAAAGCCGAGCCAACCCUUUUCACAAUAAACCGUGACGAAUCAAUCAUAUAG